AUGCAGUCUUCCGAGUACUCCCCACGGGGUAAAAAUGCAUUCGAAACCGUCGCUUCAGCUUCUCUCAUUCUCUUGCCAUUCGAACCAACACCAGAAGAACACAAACACAGGCUGAUUGGUCCCAAUCCCAACCUCAACGCCCCGCUAGAAAACCUACCCCCUGAGAUUAGACGACAUUUGCUCUCCAUGAUGGAACUUCAGGCACUGAAGUCUUUGGUUCAUGCAUCUCCAGUAAUUUAUCAACAAUACCUGGUCGACCAAAAAUGGGUUCUAUGUCGAUCUCUUGCGGCAACAUUCCGUAGCAAUGGCCUUAUAUAUGAGGUCGGCGCUGUCUACCAGUCCAGCCGAGAGAGCUUCUGGGAGACACGCACUGCAAUCACUGUGACACGGUUCGUUCAAGCGCAUCGUGAUGGCCGUUCCUCCUCCCACAACUCCCCUUUCAGCCAGUCGGUGGCUUUCAACAGAGAUCUCACGCUGGAUGAAGUCAUCAGUAUGAUGAAAUUCUACCUUUCAAUCAUCCAGCCUCUCAAAAGGGAGUAUGCUAAGUCGACACUACACUAUCUUACAGGUGGACUACGAACUCCCUAUGAUCAAACCAGCGAUAUCUUAAGUGAAACCGAAGAGAUACGCGUGGUACGUGCGCUUUACCGAUUUCAGCUCUGCUGCAACCUAUUUGCUCAUGGCCACAACGGGCCGAUAUUGAAGCGCGCCCCUGAAUUUGAGGCUAGGAAUGUCUGGGAGCUACUCCAGUUGCUCUUUGACCCCUGGGAGAUUGAGGAAAUUGUCUGCAUUCAUGAUUUUGCGAUGAACACGUACCGGAACCUUUCACCUUUUGACUGGAAUCGGCAUAGGCUUCUCCCGCGAAAGUAUCACCAACAACCUGUGGACUGGAGUCAACGUCUAACAGAUGAAACCCGCGGAAUUAGAUUUGGAACAAUCGCACGUGGCCUUGAGCUGCUCCGUGAUAUCGUAUCACCGACGUAUGAGAACUCUAACCUAAUCCGGACCGGUCUUGAAAAUGAUAUUGACACAAUGGAGCAAGCCUUUGCGCUGGGGGAUGCGUUCAGUGACUUUAUAAAGGAAAGGCGCUACCCCGAAGCACCGUUGUAUCAGACGUCAAUGGAUGCAGGGUGUGACCGGAUAACGUUCCAGGGUGAUGUUGUGGAUGACUCAGAAUGGAAGUAUCCACCCCUAGGUUGGACACUGACCUGGGAUGGAGCGCAUAUCGCCGGCUUUCACUGUUGGCUCAAGCACCAAAUGGUAGCCUGGGGGUACGUCAUGUGGGAUGCAACACGUCUCAUUUCGAUGGGAGUGAAAGAUUUGCUAGAAUCAGAGCGGUGA